GUUCCAACUGCGUUCGAGCUACUACCGUAGAUUGUAUGGUGGUAGGAUGUCUUGCACAAAAUGACCAUCGCCUCAUUUUUCAAGGAGCUUUACUCUCUCGACAUACUUGACACCCGCUUCACCACUUCCUCCUCGACCUCCUUGAAACAUGUGAACGGGAAUGCCUCGAACAAGGCGACAGUUGAAAAAGAUGGAAAACCCAGCACACCUACAGACAUCUCUCCCUCAAAAUGGCGGACACCAGAGUUCUACUUUUAUGCCCUGGUGUUUCUGUUCUGCGUGCCGCAGAUGUACUGGGCUGUAGUGGAGGUUUCCCAGCGUAAGACACAAUCCACAGGCUUCAUGUCGGCACACAUCUCGAAGGAGAAUCUGACGGCGGUGGUAUAGCUGAGUCCCCCAACUACUCAAAAUACGAACAUUUGCUCUCACAGGGUUGGCUGUUUGGUAGGAAAGUGGACAAUUCAGAUGGCCAAUAUGCCAGCUUCCGGGACAACAUACCAUACCUUGCCGUUCUUGUUGUUGUCCAUCCGAUGCUACGGCGGAUAUAUGAGUGGAUUUCAACUCCGUCGACCCUGACCGGCAGUAACGACGCAAAGCAAAUCACUAGCACUCACAUUGCUGAACAGCGGCUCCGACGACGCACUUCGUUCGAUUUCUGGGCGGCCUUGAUCUAUAUAUCUGCUCUCAACGGGACGUCUAUGCUCAAGAUCCUCCUGAUCCUCCUCGUCAACUACAAAAUCGCAACGGCUCUUCCUCGGAACGCUGUUCCAGUAACGACUUGGGUGUUCAACAUUACGAUCCUCUUCGCAAACGAGCUCACGCAAGGCUAUCGUUACACUAGCGUAGGCAAUGCUCUAGCCCAUUUUGUCCCUUCUGCCGUCGAAUGGGGAAAGACACUCGACUCAUAUGGUGGACUCAACCCGCGAUGGGAGGUUCUUUUCAAAAUCACGAUCCUGAGAAUGAUCUCGUUCAACUUUGACUAUUACUGGUCCUUGGACAGGUCUCGGGCUGGGAGUCCCAUCGAGAAGAAACAACUUGACCCCGCAGCGUUGUCUGAGCGAGACCGUGUCGCCAUGCCCGCUCCGGCGUGGACAUUCGCGUCAUUCCGCAUCUACAUCGCUUACAUCCUAUAUCCACCACUAUACCUCGCUGGACCUAUUCUGACUUUCAACGACUAUAUCUCCCAAUCCUCGUACCAAGCACCGUCGAUCACGACCAGGCGCACAACACUCUACGGCAUACGCUUCCUGCUCACCCUGUUCUGCAUGGAGUUUCUCCUGCACACGGCGUAUGUGGUGGCAAUCUCUCAAGUCAAACCUGACUGGUCUACGUACACGCCAUUCCAGCUUGCCAUGCUAGCGUAUUUCAACCUGCACAUCAUCUGGUUGAAGCUGAUGAUCCCAUGGCGCUUUUUCAGACUCUGGGCAUUGAUUGACGGCAUAGACCCGCCGGAGAACAUGGUCCGGUGCAUGAGCGACAACUACUCUGCCUUUGGGUUCUGGCGAUCGUGGCACCGAAGUUUCAACAGAUGGACGGUCCGCUACGUCUACAUCCCACUCGGCGGUGGUCCUGGUGGAGGGUCUGGAGUGGUCCGAGGCUUGCUCAAUAUGCUCGCCGUCUUUACGUUCGUGGCGCUAUGGCACGAUAUCAAUCUACGGCUGCUGAUGUGGGGAUGGCUCGUCACGUUGUUCGUCCUGCCAGAAGUUCUGGGGAGCAUGGCGUUUCCCAAAUCCAAGUGGAAGAACAGGCCGACCGCCUACCGGAUCAUUUGCGGAAUAGGCGCCGUCGCCAAUAUCCUCCUCAUGAUGGCGGCGAAUCUCGUAGGGUUUGCCGUCGGGUUGGAUGGGCUGAUGGGUCUCGUCCACGGCAUCAUUGGGAGUUGGCAGGGUGCGAUGUUCAUGCUUGGUGCUUGCGGAGCGCUCUUCGUCGGUGUUCAAGUCAUGUUUGAACAUCGGGAAGAGGAAAAGAGAAAUGGCAUUCGUCUCAAGUAUUGAUUACGACGAAGUGGGUGCUGUUUUUGUUCUUGUGUGGGAUACGGAUGUACAAUACCUCUCACCAAGUAUGUUGGAUUAUAGUCAGUUGUUGGACAUUGUAAGGAUAGAAAUGUACCCGGAUAUGACAAACGUGUAUCGUUCACGUGAUGUCUCGGUCGAGAGAAGG